UUUAUUUUUUUUAUCGGUGGUUAGCCGUCAGAGCUAGCCGCUUGGUUUUUCCUCUCUAACACACUUUGAUCCAGCAGGAUGUUAGUAUGGAGUGUGUCCCAGUUUUGCCGGACAGCCUGGUGUUGGAGAUCUUCCUGCGUCUGCCCCAUGAUGCCGUGCUGAAAGCCGGUCUGACCUGCAGACAGUGGCUCGCUGUCUCCAGGGAUGAGUUCCUUUGGAGGGAGCUGUUCUACAGCUACUACCGCAUUCCACGCUCCGUACCCCGACACCCGGCCGCGGUGUCAUGGUACAGGGAGUUCAGGCGUCUGUUCGACUGUAUCCCCUGUGUGGAGGUUCAGACCCUGAGAGAGCACACUGACCAAGUCCUCCACCUGGCUUUCUCUCACAGGGGUCACCGGUUCUCCUCCUGCUCUAAGGACUGCACAGUGAAGCUAUGGGACACUGAGCGGCAAGAUGGGAACAUCUCGAUGGUGCACAGCUCCAGCAUGCGUCAGUUUAACUGGGGCUACACCCAGUUCUCCCAGUUCAACGCUGACGACACCCUGCUGCUCGUGUCCGGCGUCUACCUUGGUCCACACCACUCCUCGUCUGGGGAAAUCGCUGUCAUCAGUCUGGAAAACUACACGCUGUUGUCCCGGGUGAGGAACAAACCGUACGAUGUGUUCGGCUGCUGGCUGAACGAGACCCACCUGAUCUCGGGGAACCUGCACUGGAUCGGCAACAUGACGUCGUGCUCUGUGCUCUGGCUCAACAAAGCAUUCCAGGACGUUGAAUCGGAGAACGUCAACGUAGUCAAACGCCUUUUCAAGAUCCAGAACAUCAACGCCAGCACCAUCCGCACGGUGAUGGUGGCCCACUGUCGUCGCCACGACAACCCGGAUUUGCUGCUAGACUACGAGGCUCAGUCCCAGGCUCGACGGAUGAAGGGGCAGCAGCAGCAGCACCACCAGCCUCUUCUCUUCGACCUGGGGACCUCCGGCAGCGAGGAAGAAGAUGAAGAGGAGGAGGACAAGGAACGCCAAAAGGAGGCCAGGUGUCAUGGUGUCUCCUCUGCCCGCAUUUCUCAGCCCACUAUCUCUGGCCUUGAGCAAGUUAUACAGAGUCGUAAAAACGUGGAGCCCAGUGAGCUGGAGAUUGAGACCCAGGUGGCUCAGAUGAUGGGCAGAGUGUACACGAAGGCUCCUGCCUCCAGCUUAAUCGAGCCGUCUGAUCCCGAUGAGGACAAAACUUACUUACUCUUCACCACUGGCAGCCUUACGUACUCCCCUCACCAGAUAGGAAUUAAACGGAUCAAGCCGGACCAGAUGACCACUUCUGGUCCCGUACUCGGGGAGGAGCGGAGUUCAGAUGAGUUUUUUGAUUCGCUGGAUCAUGUCAUAGAUAUCCACGGACACAUCAUCGGGAUGGGCCUUUCUCCAGACCACAGGUACCUUUAUGUAAACAGUCGGGCGUGGCCUGCCGGGUGCGUGAUCUCCGACCCCAUGUCUCCUCCUCCGAUCGCAGAGGAGAUCGAUCUCCACGUGAUCGAUCUGAAGAGUUUGAGGGAGGAGAGAAGGAGUCUGCGCGCGCACCGAGCCUUUACGCCCAACGAUGAGUGCUUCUUCAUCUUCCUUGAUGUCAGCAGAGACUUUGUUGCCAGUGGAGCAGAGGACAAGCACGGGUACAUCUGGGACCGACACUACAACAUCUGCCUGGCGCGUCUGGCACACGACGACGUGGUGAACUCUGUGGCGUUCAGCCCUGCCGACCAGGAGCUGCUGCUGUCUGCCAGCGAUGACUCUACCAUAAAGGUGUGGCGCUCACCACGGAUGGUCCGCCUGUCUCAGACUCCCUCCAGGCCGCCAAGGCCCCGCAACCUCCUGUCGUCCUGGAUGAGCCGCAACAAGAACUCAACAUCUGCCGGCAGUGUGAACGGAAAACCGUGAGUCAAGUUGGAAGAAAAAAAAAAAACACAGUUCAGUGGGAGGGAGAGGGAGGGGGAAAGUUUGAUCUCUUUCCUCUGUGGUGUGAAUAGAAAUAUACAUACACUCCAUGUAUAUGUACAGUGUGGAAACAGGCGGUUGUUUUGCUUGAGCUCACGAUGUUGUGACUCAGAAGUGCUGGUGAUCUUCAGCUGACAGGAGAGGGUUUGUGAUGUGACUCAGGUUUACACAAGAGGGCGCCAGAGCACCAGCACAAGGACAGAAAGCAGCGCAGACUCUGCUCUAUUUUUUUUUUUUUAUCACAGAUAGAGAUAGUGUAGAGCUGACACCUAAACGCACAAGACGUCCAAACGUGUUCCCCAAGAGAUGGUUCUUGUCUGUUUUUAUUUGUCAGAUCAGGGUCAGACACAGGACUCCUGGACCUGAGGUGUAAAUGUGUGUAAAUGUUCUGCAGAGAUAAAACCUUAUGUCCUGCUCAUCAGAGACAAACUGCUGUAACUCAGAAUCAUUUCAGAAAAGUCUUUUCUUAUUUAUGGAUGUAUUCAGUUGAUGUCAUGAGUAUAAACACCCAAUGAACCCUGUCUCCAGAGAAUUCAAACAAAACAAAAGGGAAGACAGCAUUUAGCUGCGUUUACUGCAGUCUGCCUUUUCUUUAUCCCCUCCCAUUUUUUCUGUGCCGCAGAAUAAAUCCAUCACCUUUCUGUUCAAAGUACAAUUGUUGAGUCAUUUUAUCUAGAAGAGUUAUUGAGGAGCAGUUAGCUUGACGCUAGACUGCAAAAAAAAAACGUUAUAAUGUAGAGUUGUAUUUAAACACCUUAGAUCAUUUGUAGCACAAAGCUGCCGCCUUUAAAUCUGCCUAUCUGAAUCUGAACCUCCUGGAGUA